GAACAGCGCCGGAAGCGGAGGCGGCGGAGCGGCCGCGCGGGGCCGGAGCGGCUGCAGUCAAGAUGCCGGCGUUGUUGGAGCGGCCGAAGUUGUCGUCGGCCAUGGCCCGCGCCCUGCACCGCCACGUCAUGGUGGAGCGCGAACGCAAGCGCCAGGAGGAGGAGGAGGUGGACAAGAUGAUGGAGCAGAAGAUGAAGGAGGAGCAGGAGCGACGGCGCAAGAAGGAGAUGGAGGAACGCAUGUCGCUGGAGGAGACACGUGAACAGAUCCUGAAGCUGCAGGAGAAGCUGUCGGCACUGCAGGAAGAGAAGCACCAGCUCUUCUUGCAGCUCAAGAAAGUUUUGCACGAGGAGGAGAAGCGCCGGCGCAAGGAGCAAAGCGACAUGACAACGCUGACAGCGGCUGCCUACCAGCAGGGCAUGGCCGUGCACGCUGGCGCCCACCUNNCUGCCCCCCCAGGCAGCCCUGGGGGGCACGGCCGCACAGGGACCCUGAUGGCGCAGGACCGCGCGAAGCAGAUGUUCGGUCCGCCUGUCAUCACAACGCGGCAUUUUGCAGCGCCAGCAGCAUUUGGUGCAGCCGAGCACGGCGCCUUCCAGGGGGCGCAGGCGGCGCCGGGGCCUUUUGGUGCUGUGGGGCAGCCUCAGCAUGGUUUCGCGCCUGCGCCUGGGCCUGGCACCCCCGGCCCAGCCCCCUCCUACAGUGCCCAGCCCCUACGCCGGUUCAUCCCACCCAGCACCUCCAUCCCACUGCAGAAGCAGCUGGAACACGCCAACCAGCAGUCCGGCUUCAGCGACUCAUCCGGCUUGGCCUACAGCCACCCUGCCCGCCCUGCCUCACCUGGCAGCUUUCCCCACGGUUCCACUCCCCAGCAGCCCCACACUUCAGGGUUCCCGGCCAGCAGCCAGCCGCCCACGCGCCACCCCUUCAUCCAGCACGGUCAGGGCCAGCGCUUCUACCACAAGUGAUUGCCCUGGGGGGGGGCAGAAAUGGGGGGGCAAAAGAGUGGGAGUCCUGGGCUCUCUCCUCCCCAAAAUCCACAUGUUAAUAAAGAGCUGCCUGUACCACGCCGCUGCUGCCUGCUCCAUGGGCUGGAUGGGGGGCAAUUGGUAGGAGUAAGUGUGGAUGGGUGUGGGAGGGAGGAAUAAGUCCUGCUCCCUUUGUGUAGCAUCUCCCACCCUUGUUCUCUUGGUAUCACUUAAUGCCUGUCUUUAGCUCCACCCCCUAGAUGUUAUUGGCUGACUAGUGUCCCACCUUCUACGACACCUCUUGCCUCCUGGGGCCUUAGUUUCCCUCCACACUCAGUCCCAUGCCCUGAGCCAAGGCCUGUUUGGGACAGGAAGUAUCCUCCAUCCCCAGAAGUGCAGUUUGCUGCACAGGAAGCAAAACCCCCUUAGCACAGGAAGUGCUGCCACCCACACAAGCAACUUCCUGUCUGGACAAGGCCCUAAGUCCCUGUGUCCCAUUUGGGACAGGAAGCAGAGCUCCAAUCAGGACACUGUGUACUGCCCCCAUCCAGGAAGCAGGACUUUAUUUAGGAGAGGAAGUGGGGCCCUAUUCAGGACAGGAAGUGCUGCCCCUCAGACAGGAAACAGGUACAUAGUAAACUGGUUUUAUUGAGGCUGAUUAAACAAACGUGUUGGAUCCGGAGUAAUGGCCACCCUGACAGCCGUGGGGUAGGAGCCGGAAGGGGUGACCCGGGACCCCCCAUGGCCCCCCUAAAGCUCAAGCACAGGGCAGCUGGGGGGGGGGGGGGGGGCCGCA